UUUUCCAAUCACCAUUUACUAUAGAACGAAAUCAGGAAAUUCAAUUUCUCUUCUUCGGUAUAAUUUACAUUUGCAGGAAGGUAGCCGGUCCUUCUUAUGAUAGAAACAUCGGAAAUAAACAAAAAACAAACACUUUGAAAAAUUAAGCAUAAGAUACAAAACUAUCUAAAUACAGAAUAUUGAGCCACAAUGAAAAAAUAUUUGACUGCUGAGCUGAAAUACAGUUUGACAGUUGCCGUUGGAAUGAACCAAAAUUGCAACCAAAAAGGCGCGGAACCAAAAAAAUGAUUCAGAAUACCUUUAAAAGAGUGCGAGACCAAAGAAUUAAACGCACUUCUUUCGUCGAGCCAGUACAGGAUCCGACUUUAAGGCAGCAACAGGCUUGGAAUAAGAUGAGCUCCAUUACACCGACUAUCGGAUUUGACCGGGCGCCGACAAUGAGACCCUCGUCACAGGCGUCAACAUUAACAGAAAGAUCGGAUGUCGUGGACAAAAAAGUGAGCGUGGAAUUCUAUGGCGACAGAUCCUUCAAAGACCACCUGAAAACAGUUCUUCUGAAGAACAGAAAAACAGCAAUUCUAUUCCGAAUGUGCAACCUGAUGCUGAAGUCACUCAGCGCAAUGAUCUACGUCAUAUGUCUCAGAUCCAGUGACAUCACCCAACACUCCCACUGUUACGGCUGCGAUGCGCCUGCCAACAUCACAUAUCCAUACUACGAAAAUCUGGUAUGGAUAAACCGUGGCCUGAUGUUCUAUGUGAUGCAGACUGUGGUAGCCUAUCUCUCCUUUGUGGAGACUAUGCUCCUUCUCUACCUAGAGUACAGGGGGAAUAUCUGGGAGCAGAUCCUGUCGACCAAGAUACUGUUCGAGAGUGUUUGUUCAGUCCCUUUCAUGAUAUCCGUGGUGGACAAGAGACUCAUCAACCUGUACGUUCCCAGUUUUCUCAACUGCUGGCUCGCGAAAGACUUCCUCGAAAAAAUAGUCCUGCUGUGUUUGAAGACUAGUUCAACUCUGACCAAACACUUGGUCAACCUACUCAGUUUCAUUUUCUGUCUCGGCUUCACAUGUGUAUGUGGUAUCAACUAUCUGGAGCGGACUCAAAAAGAUGACCAGUUCGACAUGUUCAACAGUUUCUGGUUCGUCAUGGUCACUUUCUCCACUGUGGGCUAUGGAGACCUCACUCCCCUGUGGUGGCUGUCCAAACUGUUCGUAGUGGUCACCAUAUGCCUCGCACUCAGUCUCAUACCUAUACAGCUGGAGCAGAUUUCGUUUGUGUUUGCGGAACACCAGAAGACAGGGGGCACCUACAGCAGAAACAGGGCUGAGAAGGAGAGACACGUGGUGUUGGUCACAUCCACAGUCACUGAAGACCUCGUGAGAGACUUCGUCAGCGAGUUCUACGCAUACUCCGAACUACAGGACUACUACGUGGUGUUGUUGAGUGCUGGCGAGUAUGACUCAUACGUGAAGAGUAUCUGUGAGAACCCGAUCUGUCAGCAGAGAGUGAUCUACAUCCAGGGCAGUGCACUCCGGUUCAAUGACCUGGUCAAGGUCAAAGUGCACUAUGCGGAGUGCUGCUUCAUACUCGCAUCCAGACACGAAAAAGACCAGCAGAGAGAGGACGAGGCCACAAUUCUGCGUGCAUGGUCCAUCAACGAUUUCGCCCCCCACUGUCCCCUGUUCGUGCAGAUUCUGAACCCGGAGAGUAAGGUGCACGUGCAGUUCGCAGACUACGUCAUCUGUGAGGAAGAACUGAAGUAUGCCCUGAUGGCCAGCAACUGCAUCUGUCCCGCCAUGUCCACCUACAUCAGUCUACUCGUUCACACCCUCGAGGGCAGAGACGUGAGCAAGGCUAGUCAGGAGUGGGAGCGGCUGUUCGGGCGGAGCACAGCUCAGGAGAUCUACGACAAGAGAGUGGACUGCAGCAAGUUCUUUCACGAGUUCGUCGGAUCCUCAUUCACACAUGCCGCCAUGGUAUCCCACCGCAAAUAUGGCUGUAUGUUGAUUGGAGUGAGACCAGCAGGGAAGAAGAUAGUGCUGAAUCCAGGGCCCAAAUACAUCCUCACUGCUGAGGACACCUGCUACUUCUUCAACAUCACGGGGGAGGAGGAGACGAAGAUCAUAGAGGAGCCAGCAGCUGCUGCAGGAGGCAUAUUGGGGCAGGUCACGCCAGGGGGAGGGGGAGCAGCGGGAGCUGUGGGGAGGAGAGAGACCGUGCAGACGGAGAGAACAAUCUUGCAUGACAAGCAGCGAGGAAAGAGCAACAAGUCCAGAUUGCGAUCCCAGGCGGACAGCGGAAUCUCUGAGCAGGCAUCGGCCAUUGCCGACUACAUAGAUGACGUCGAGGCCGUUCUGGAAAAUGUCGACAUGCAGAAACAGAAGACAGGUGCAUUUCGAGACAACAUAGUUCAAGGGUUCCCCACUCCAGCCUACCAGUGGUUCACGUCUCCCCACUGCCACGUGCUGAAGGAGUCGAAAGCCUCCUGCUGUCUGGAUGUGUUCAAACCAUGCCAGCACUGUCCCCACACAAACGCACUCGAAUACGACUUCAAAGACAAACCAACUAUCAUUUCCGUGGACUACAUGACAGCUGCCAUCGCCAACUUCAUAGUGCCCCUGCGACACCACUUGAGAUCCAUUGACAAGCUGAGUCCCAUCAUCAUCAUGUGUGAGUUCAAGCCAGACGUCAAUGUCCUGACUGCCAUCUCGUGCUACCCCGAAGUCUACUACUGCAUCGGAAAACUAGACAACCUGAAUGACUUGUUCCGUGCAGGAAUAAGUGAGGCACAGGCGUUCAUUGUGUCAGACAGAGAGAGCAGCAAGGCCGCCUCGGAGUCCUACUUGGCCGACAGCACAUCCAUCGUGGCUGUGCAGACCAUACAAAAAUUGUUUCCGAAUCUGAUGAUCAUAACAGAGUUGACAUAUCCAACCAACAUGAAGUUCCUUGACUUCAACCCUAAGGAAAACGGACCAAAUACGCUCACUUACGCCGACAAGAGACGAUUGGAAAAAGUGCCGGUGGACAGUGACUUGUUCAGAAGUGCUUUUGUGAGUGGCCAGGCUAUGAGUCCCUCUAUGUUGGACACAUUGCUGUACCAGUCAUUCGUGAAGCCAUACAUCAUGUCCAUAGUGUACCUACUCAUAGGACUCAAACAACACACCGGUUCAGGACACCUCAUUUUUUACGUGGUAGAUGGAGAAGAUGUGAAGUGUCUGCAGAACUUCGGUCGCCUGAUGGGGGAGAGGCUGACAGAGUAUGGACAGCUGCCAAUUGGCAUGUACAGGAAACAACCUCUAGACAAACAGGGCUCCUCUAGUUCGGACAUUGAGCUGGAGUGUUCGAAUGAGCAGCAUGUGAGGAGGGAAGAAGAGGAGGACGCCGUGUUUGCUAUGAGACAGAACCAGGCCAAGAUCAUCCUCAGGGACAGACUGCUCCGACUAGGCGUGGCCGACGCGGACAUUAACUUGGAAGAGAUGGACAGAAGGAAGAGUGGGGCCAUCAACUACGUGGUGGUCAACCCCGAGCCAGACAUCCCACUGCGGGAGGGAGAUAUCAUAUACCUGAUCCAGCCGCCAGAAUCCGAAUGGUGACCAUGGAAAUUCUGACUUGAACAAAUACCAUUGAUACAAAAACUUUUUGAUGAUUGACGAUAAUGCUUGACUCCAAAGCUUAACUUCCAUUUUUCAUGAAUUAAUGACCAAAGUUGUUCGCUCCAGCG